GGGCUAGCGAUGGCGGUCUUGGACGAUCCUUCUUCGGUGGUGCCUCUUGAGGAGAUCUUCUUGCUCGGCACUCGAUCGCCGGAGCCCCAUCCUCCACUGCCCCUCCAGUCGGCAGGACCGGGAGCGAAGGCGAUGUCGUCAGCGCAGAGGAGGGCCAAGGCGCUUGCGGGGCUGUGGCCGGCGAGGGUCGAGGCGCUUCACAGCCCCCUUGCUCUUGUAGACGUCGAGGAAGGCGCUCGCGGCAUCGAGAGGACGAGAGGAGGAUCGGGAAGGGGCAGGUAGUAGUCGGGGAUCUCGUAGCUCCUCGUCCAGCAGGCGGUGCUUGGAGUGCGGGUCGGAGUCGCUUGCGCGAAACCCCCGUAGCUGAUAAUCUCGGCUCGAAGCACCCACCGGGUCGAUAGGCUCCAGCAGCCCCUUCCUGUCUCCGGCCACCGAGCCCCCAGCUCGAGGUGCGAGUCGGGGUGCUUGCAAGCGCCGCCGCCCUCUGUCUCCACAGCUGCGCCGAGCUUGUCGAGCUCUCGUGCUUCGGGCAAGCUUACCUCAUCAGCCUCACACUGCCCCCUCCGUCAUAAUUCUGCUGCUUGGCCUUCCUCUCAACUCCGUGCUUUCUGACUAUCAAACGCUCACGCAAGUCACCGUGCCCUUUGCUCACCGACGAGCAAAUCCGAGCACAUGCGCUAGGAAUGAAUUUGAUCGAGAGCGGCUGAGCCACCUACGGCUCGAUCGAUCUUUCAGCACAUGCUGGCAAUCCGAUCCGAGUGCUUGCCUCAGCUUUCUUCAGGUCGGAGUUCACAGAAGCUCGAGGAGAAGGGGAGUCGACGAGAGUCUGAGCUGCAUGGCCAACGGUCUCCUGAUCUGAAUAUGGCAAGGUUGCAUUGCAUGGGCCGCGGGGCUUUUCAUGGCUGCGACGUAGCACCGACGCUGGGGGGUUAUGUGCAUGAGCUUUCGGCCCCUUAGGUGCGUGGUUUCCCUCGUCUCGGGAUUCGAGAGAUCUCCCAUUUUUUGGGUGACAAUGUCUGCAAUUCUUGGGCCUAAAUUUAUCCUCGGAACCGUCGUCCUGCCCAUAUCGACGGACUCGCACGAUUUCUCGAACACUUCGAGCUUAUGGAAUCCUUGGAAGGAGAGUAAAUAAUGUCCAGAGCACAAUUUGAUACAGAGCGCAAGCUGAUUCGAGAAGGUGUUAGGUUGUGAAGUGAAGUUGAAAAGCAUUUUGAAAUAAUUAGGUCCAAUAACCAUUAAAGAAGUAGUCUACCCGCGAGAUUACAGAUUAAUCACUUAGACUCCUUGUUUACCGUGAUUUUUGGACUUAGUUACUUAAAACUAUCAUUUCAACUUGUUUUUCAGCUUAAUUUCACAACCAACAAUAUUACACUUGAAGUGCGCAAAGUGAUCCGAGAAGUGUUAGGUUGUGAAGUACAGCUUAAAAAUCAUUUUGAAAUAGUUAGGUCCAAUAAUCAUUAAAUAAGUAGUCUACCCGCGAGAUUACGGCGUAAACAUGUAGACUACUUGUUUAAAGUGAUUUUGGAC